AUGUUAGUGGUUGUCUUGCGGAUGGAGUUUGUUGCAUUGCGCAGAGCAAUCCCGGUUGAUGAGGCUGAUUUCUGGGAGAAGAGCUACCUACUAACCUUAUCAGAAAUUUUCUUUGUGUCAUUAGCAGGUCUCAUAGGCCAUGGUGAUCACAUUUCUAGAUACUUUUUGCAAGAUAACCACUGCAAAACCAACCCAUCAUUUGAUGAAUCCUUAGUGAACAAAUUAAAAGUAGAACAUGGUGGUGGUGAAACUUUGCUACCACGCUUAGAGAAGAUUUGGUAUAAGUUCUUGGUUGAUACAUUGCUACAAAAGAGAGUGAUCAAUUCAAAGUCUGCAUGUAAGGAUGCAAGCUAUUCUCUUGAUGCAAAGGAAGAGAAUAUGGUUGCAGAUGUUGGUGCUAAAUUGCCUCUCUUGGAAUCGUUCUGCACAGAAAAUCCAGUUAUUACCGUGUGUAAGAAGACCCUUAGAAAGAAUAUGGAUGCCUGGAAAACACUUAACUUGUCUAGAAAUUUCUAUUUACCACCUUUAAAUGAUGAGAUUUUACGGAAGGCUGUGUUUGGCAACGAGCAGAGAUCUUCUCAUGCUACUCAAGGAACAAACUAUGCUUUUGGUUUCCAGUUUAGUGAAUCUGAAUAUAUUCGUUCACAAAAUGACACAGAAAUGUUGGAAGUGUUGUUUCCUUUUCCUACUCUUCUUCCUACAUUUCAGGAUGAUCUCCAUAUGUCAGAGCUGUUACCUUUCCAGAAUAAUAGUACCCUUGCAUCAAGAGUUCUUACAUGGAUCCAAAAUGUUGAACUGAGAACUACUCCACUUCCUCUGGUUAUUAUGCAGGAAUGCCUUACUAUCCACGCUAAGAAGCAAGUACAUUAUGUAGGCAAGCAUAUAUUGUCAAAGUUGAUGACUGAGUGGAGGUUAAUGGAUGAACUUGCAGUGUUGCGUGCGAUAUACUUGUUAGGUUCAGGUGAUCUGGUGCAGCACUUUUUGACUGUGAUUUUUAAUAAGCUGGACAAGGGAGAAACCUGGGAUGACGAUUUUGAGUUGAAUACAAUACUACAGAAAUCUAUUAGAAACUCUGCCGAUGGAAUGCUUCUAAGUGCUCCAGAUGCAUUGGUUGUGUCCAUCGCCAAAACUCAAGGUGUUGAUGGUGAUCAACCUAACAUAAUUACUGUUGCCUCAACCCCUCGAAAAAGUCGUGUUCAUAGUUUUGGGAUUGAUGGCCUUGACUUACUGAAAUUCACAUACAAGGUGAUGGGCUUCUUGCUGAAAGUCAAGCGCGCAAAAUUUGCUCUUGAUAAAGCUCGGAGGUGGAUGUGGAAGAGUAGAGGUACUGCAGAAAGCAACCGCAAGCGCCACUGGUUAGUGGAGCAGAAACUCCUCCAUUUUGUGGAUGCUUUUCACCAAUAUGUAAUGGACAGGGUCCUAUCUUUCAAGCUCAAUGUGGGUCACUUCACUCAUCUGGCAGAUUUGGUUAUGAGGAUCAACUACAACUAUUUCUACAUGUCUGAUGGUGGAAACUUGAUGAUUGCACCUAGUUCUGAAACUGUUGGUUUGAAACUGGGGAAGGCCUUUGCCCGUAGAACAGACUGAUCAAAGCUUUCAAGUAUUGUCUUGAUGUUGUAUCUCAUAUCAUGUUUCAGGACGAUAAUGCCCUAUCUGGAAAGGCCCCUUAUAUUCCUGUGCUGGUUUUGUUGAGAGAACUAUGGGGAUGUGAGUGAAGCAGAUGUUGUGGCAGCAGCCUUGGACUCUUGGUCCGUACAGCUAUCCGAAUAUUUCACAUAUAAAUUUAUUGACGUUAUGUCUUAGGUUCUGAGGUUUUUGUUCAGUUUGCUAGAAGAUUCUAGGAUUCUCUAGUCUUUAUUUGGCUAAAUGGCUCUGGAAGUUACCCAUUUUCCAUAGUAUGACAAGCACAAUUUAAUAAGAGUGGAAUGAGUGUAGUACAUAGCACAACUCGGACUAAAUAGGAGAACUGAAAAAAGAAAAAAAAAAGAGAAUUUUAUAGCUAGCUUUGCACUGGCAAUCAAAAGCAUCACUUUACAAGCCUCAUGCAAACCCUUUAUAAAAAAGUAGACCUAUUGUGAAAAAGUGGGAAAAAACUCAUUUUUUCUUUAUGGAAUCCUCAUUUUCACGAAAGGUUUGUACAUUUGUAAGUUGUACCUGUCAUUACUCUUUUAUGAAUUGGCUUGUUGGAUUUAGGACUGAGAGCCCUUUUCAUAUUGUCUAACCGUCGAUUUUGUAGAGCAAAUGUGAAAGAACGAUUGGAUCUUUGCUUUUCAAA